CUCAGCCCCCCGGCCUUGCCAGAGGCAUCAUAGGUGUGCAUCUGACACCCGAUAUCACUGCAAAUGACGGCGGGAGAAACUCAAGCUCGCAAAUGGAUCAGGGAGAGACGGCGAAAAUCUGUAGACGCUGUCUGCGUCUGCCGUCUGUUGACAUCCGUUGAGCCUAAUCCGAUCGCAAUCAGUCGAUGUUCGUCGAUUCGAGAUUGUCGAGACACCGUGUCUUCCGCGUCGUCCACCCCUUCCACCAUUCGGAGCGUUGAUUGGAGGUACUUACGUUGAGUGAGAAUGGCGACCACCAGUGAGGGUCCCUCUAUGACCACCGGCGAGGCCGUCAAUCCCGCCGAGCUGACGAGCAACCCCACGAUGGCGACUGACACGCACCCCAUCGGUGCAGGAGGUGCCGAACUUGCCCAGGGCGGCCACACAGGCUCUGGGCUGACCAACGGGGAGGUCCAGCAGCCCAAGGGCAGCGACCAGCAGUCAGCCGGGGUCGGUGUGGACGGCGAGCAGCGGCCUUCUGCCUUUGGGUCAUCGGCUGCUGCAGGCAUGUCGUUCUUCCCCCCGCUGCCCUUCCUGCCCCACUACACGGCCACGGCCGCUGCUGGGGAGUACUCGAACGGAGCGGCGGCAGGGCUGCCGAGCUUCUACCCUCCCCCUCCCCUGCAGCCGCUCACGCUACCCCUCCCCAAUGGGGACGCCACCAGCAGCCAGACGGGAGCAGCACUCAGCAGCAGCAGCGGCGCGGCCAAGCGCACCGCGGCUGCGUCGCGCGUCAAGGUGGCGGGAGUUGGUGCUAUGGGGGGUGUGGGGGGUGUGAGUGAGAAGGACCGCCGCCGUCUGCAGAUGGCCAUCCAGAACGAGGACACCUACGCGCAGAUCCUGGCUCGUGUGCUGCUGCGUCAGCUCAAGGAGAAGAUGCCGGGCGGCAACCCCCAGCAGCUGCGCAUAUCCCUCAAGGGCAAACCCGACCGCUUUGUCGUCAAGUCCGACGACCGCCCCGCCGCGGCCUUCGCCAUCCACACGGGCGUCACGAACGCGCUGCAGCAGGCCAUCGACGAGCGCAACACCCGUGCGGCCGCGCUGGAGCUGCCGCCGUGGGACAACUACCAGUCGAUUCUGGCGGUGUCAGCCGACGAAAACGAGCGCAAGAGUGAGGGCGAGGAGGGCGUGGGCGACCCCCUGGCCGGCGACAUGUCGCUCUGCCACGGGCUGGAGGAGAUCAGCGGCACCGCCAACGGCGAGGGGGCGGGCGACGCCAUCUACCCCUUCUUGCUGCCUGUGGGCAGCAACACCGGUGCGGGCGAGGCCGCUGGUGGUGGGCAGGGGGGGAGGAACGGCAGCUUGUAUGUGAGCGAGACCGAGACGGCCGCCAUCCGCACCAUGAUUCAGGAGAUCUCAGGCCGCCUGAGUUCGCUGCUGCCGCCCAGCCCGUCGAGCUCGCCCCGCCUCGUCAUGAAACUCCUCUGGGAGAGCGAGACCCAGUCGCUCAUCGCCCAGUACGGCUUCAAGGGCGUCACGGCCGCCGGUCAGCCAUUCCGCCUCACCAGGGCCGCAGAGGUGCCCCGGGUGAUGCGCCAGAUCAUCACGACCCGCAACCAGCUGGCGCAGCGGCUGGGGCAGCCGCUCAUUGAGGGCUUUGACGGCAUCCUGGACCAGUUCACCCUCGCCAUGAGCGCUCCCAGUGUCACCCAUCCCCUCACCCACCACACCACCGGGGGCAGUGGCGGGGGCACACGGGGCCGCAGGGGGUCAAAGGGCGGCGGGGGGCUGUCGCGGGGGCACAGGCAAUUCCCGGCUGGCGCUGUGUGUGGGUACCCGUCGGAGGGCGGGGGUCUGUUUGAGUCGCUGAUGGAUUUCCACGCCGACAUGCCGCUGAAGGUGGAGCAGAUUCACAUGGUGGCGGCCACGCUGCUCAAGCAGCUCGAGAAGCACUACGUGGCCGUGCAGCGGCGGAGGGGCGAUGCUGGCGCCAUGUUCCCCUUUGGCAUCACCUGGGACCCUGUGUAAGCCAAAAGCCAAGCCAACAAACCGCACACAUGCACUCACACACACACAGGACACAGAGGGGGGAGUGGUUUAUGUGUGUUCUGCUGUGUGUGGAUGUGUGUGUGGUUCAUUCAGUCGUUGUAGAGUUCGUUGGAAGGUUGGCCACGGCCACUCACGGAAGCACUGCGAGAAGCGCGUGUCGCGCAACGGAGGCGGCGACGGACUGAGAGAGGCCAUACAGGCAACACACACACACACACACAGAGGGCAAAUACCAGCAACACCAUGCCCUCAGCCCCUCUCACCCUCUCUCUCUCUCUCUCUGUGUGUGUGUGUGUGCGUGUGUGUGUGUGUGUCUUGUGACUGUCCUUUAUUCAGUAUGCCAUAGACAACCGCAACGCGUGGGCGCGCACCGAGGGGCUGCCUGAGGUGACGGGGUACGAGGACAUUCUGCAGACCGACAACGCCACUCUGCUGCUGUCCGCCGACCACCGUGACUUCGACAGCCACCUGCUCACGCACCAGCAGGCCCACACCAGCCACUCGGUCGGGAGGGACCGGCCGGCCGACCUGCUCGCCCGUAUCAAGCAGGACACCGAUCAGGAUUUCAUGCUCAUGAACACCGCCGAUGGCAGCAGCUACGGGGCCGCCGCUGCUGCUGCUGGCUAUGGCGACACGGACCUCAUGCAGAUGCACCACACACCCACCGGACACGGCCAGGGGGGAGGCAGGAAGCGCAAGAACUCCGGCGCCGGCAGCGAUGCCGAUAAGCCGGGCGGCAAGAAGGCCAAGCGCACCACCAAGAAGCAGCAGCAGCAGCAGCAGAUGGCAGCAGAGGCCUUCGAGGCACCAACACACAACGACCAGCAGCAGCAGGAGCAGCAGCAGCAGCAGGUCAUCGACAACAUGCCCGACGUGGCCAUGAAGCAGCCAGAGGAGGAAGCAGCACCGGCCGACAUCGACCCGGUGGCCGUGGACGUCAGUGCCGCUGCUGCUGCUGCUGCUGGUGGUGAGCAGGAGGCCGCAUGAAUGGAUGGAUCGAUGGCUGGAUGGAUGGCCGACUAGCUAGAUACUACCCACCUACCUACUGAGUGGAUGUGUGUGUGUGUGUAUGUGUAAUGGAACACACCAACGACCGACCGAUCGACCGACCCAAGGAUGCAUCCGUGGAGACGGACCUCUAUCUGUCGAUCUUUCUUUUUGCGUUUGAAGCACUCGCAUGGGCAGUCGGUCGCGCAGUAAGCACUUGUAAGGUCACUUUCAUCAUGACUCAACGCGCACACACAGAGGGAGGGAGGGAGGGAGGGAGGGAUUCGGGGAGAGAGGGAUGGGUUUCUCACAAUGCCCCCUCACUUCACGAACCCACCAUGUACACUUACUUGUACGCCAUCCAUCCAUCCAUGUGUAUCAGUGUGUGCGCGUUGGCUGUGGUUCUCCAUGGCAAGAGUAAAGGGAGAGAGAGAGGGAGAGAGAGAG